AUGCCGGAAGUGGGAGUUUAUCCUUCCCAAGAAAUUAAUGCUUUCGCUACUGGUCCGGCCGGUAACACCUUAAUUGCGUUUUCUACCAAUUUAAUUAAUACGAUGAACCCCCAAGAAAUUAGAGGGGUAGUUGGUCAUGAAUUAUCUCAUCUUAUUCAUUAUGAUAUCGCACGGAUUUUGUUAAUGCAAGGAAUAUUUGAUAUUCUUCAUUUAAUGCUUAGUGUUUUAAUUGCUUCAUGGUUAUUUCAGCCCAGCGAAGAAGAAAGAAGAACCGGAGAACUUAAUUUAAUUAAGAUUUUUUUUAAGAUGAUAUUAUUUCAGAUAAUUACGGCUAUUUUACGCUUAAUUGUAGUAGAUGGAAUAGAUUUAACCGAGGAUGAAAAUACUAAAACCACUGGAGAACCUAAUUCGGUUGCUUUAUUAAAAUUCAACCCUGAAAAGAAAAAAAGGAGUUUACUUGAUUUAUUUCGCACUCAUCCUACUUUGGAACAGAGAAUUGAACGACUAGAAAAAUUAAAAAGACAACGAACCUUAUCCGGUAUCAUUUAA